CUAGACUGAAUUACAGAGCGCACUGAGGCGAUAAGGAUUUGUUUUUGUGCGUCCUCUACUGUUGAAAUACAGUAGCUGUUUUUCGUCUUGGAAUUUGAACGUAGGAUCAAGGAUUAAAUUCAACUUCGGGGUCGCGGUGGCACGAUCUUGGCGUUGUCGACAAAUCUAUAGCAUGCAUGAUUGAACAAUGCAAUUAACCCAGGGUUGUUUAUUUUAAUGUAAUGUGCAUUUAUUCCACAUAUACGUCAGAUUUGCGUGUUUCUGUAGUUUGUUGUCGCACCGAGUUUCCGAACUAAUAAUUGAACGGAGAUUCUUCCGAGCUGUUUUAUAACGUAACUAAAGGUGAAAGUGAGAAAUGUCUUCGCAGAUUCUUCUACGCGCGACCGCUCAAUUCUGCAAAACAGCGAAGAGUCUGCAGAGAACUUGGCCACCUUUCAUUUCUGCUCAACAGAGUUGUGCCAUUCAUAUUGAUAACCCACCCAGCAUCCCAUCCCUGACUACCAGCUAUGCCCAUGGCAUCUCUGACCAUGCACUGCUCUCUAAGACUGUGGACCAGUGUCUUCAAGCCUCAGUGGAGCGAUACCCUGACCGUGAAGCUUUGGUUUUUGUGCAGGAUGGAAUACGCAAGACGUUUGCUCAGUUCUACCAAGAAGUAGAACAGGCAGCAGCAGGUCUGUUGGCUGUUGGGUUGAAGAAGGGGGAUCGCUUGGGGAUAUGGGGACCAAAUAUCUACGAGUGGGUGCUGAUGCAGUUUGCCACAGCCAAGGCAGGGAUCAUUUUGGUGUCAGUGAACCCUGCUUAUCAGUUGCAGGAGGUAGAAUUUGCACUCAGAAAGGUGCAGUGCAAUGCAGUUGUAUGUCCAACUCAAUUCAAGACUCAAAAUUACUGUGAAAUGUUAAGGCAGCUUUGCCCAGGGAUGGAUGCCGCUUCUCCUGGAGGAAUAAAAAGUUCAAAAUUACCAGAUCUUCACACUGUAAUCGUGAUAGACAGUCAACAACCAGGGACUUUUCACCUGAAAGAUGUGAUGCAGGCUGGGACUAGCCAACACCAUCAGCAGCUGCAAGACCUGCAGAAGAAACUCAUGUUUGAUGAUCCCAUUAACAUUCAGUUUACAUCGGGUACUACAGGAAGGCCAAAAGGAGCCACGUUGUCCCAUCACAACAUUGUCAACAAUGCUUACUUCAUCGGCAUGCGAGUGGGCUAUGACUGGAGGAAAAAUGUGCGAGUGUGCUUGCCAGUGCCCAUGUACCAUUGUUUUGGCUCGGUGGGUGGUGGUAUGGUCAUGGCCUUGCAUGGCAUCACAUUGGUUUACCCAUCCGCUGGUUAUGAUGGACAUGCCAAUCUGGUGGCGAUGCAGAAAGAGAAGUGUACCUUUGUCUACGGUACUCCUACUAUGUUUGUAGACAUGCUUGGUCAGCGUGACCUUGCCCAGUUUGAUUUGUCAUCAGUUGAGGGGGGAAUUAUGGCUGGUUCUCCUUGUCCUCCUGAGGUAAUCAUGAAGGCUAUCAAUGUCAUGGGUAUGAAGGAAUUGUUGGUAAGUUGAGACACAUCAACCAAAAAUUAACACCUCUUUGUUGUAAAGAC